CACAAAUUGAAAGAGUGUGAGGGAAGAAAGAGCGCGCGAGAAAUCGAACCCUAACCCUAAUUUUGCGAUUGUUUCUCUUUUCCCGACGAUCUGAUGGUGAGAGAUAAGAUGGUAGAAUCAAACCACCGCAAACACCGCCGGUCGUAUUCGCCGUCCGAAGAAGUCGUUAAAUCUUCGAAGCGGCAAAAACACCAUCAUCACAAGCACCAUCAUGAUCACAAGCAUCGACACAGUCAUCAUCUUGAUGAAGAGAAUGUUUCUAUGUCUUUGGGGGACGGUGGUGAACUUGAGAUGGAGGAAGGGGAGAUUUCGAAGAGGGGAAGCAUUGAUAGAGAUAGCAAUAGAGACCACUACAGAGAUAGGAGGAGUGGAGAUAAAGCUAGGUCUAGUAGUAGAGAGACUGGGAGAGAGAAUGAAAGAGAGAGACGGAAGGUUCAAGAUAGGGAUAGAGGAAGAAGAGAAUUCCAGAGUGAUCCGGAGAAGCAUAAAAGUCUUGAUGAAGUGAGGCACAAACACUCAGUACAUGAUGCAGAAGAUAACGUAGAGAUAAGAAGCUCAGAUUCUAUAAAGGGGCAUAAUCCUAAUGGCGGCAAUUUCAAAGAAACUCGGGGUAACGUUGAAAGGUCUGAAACUGACAAUGCCAGGUAUAGUAGUAGAGAGACUGGGAGGGAGAAUGAAAGAGAGAGACGUAAGGAUCAAGAUAGGGAAGAACUCCAGAGUGAUCAGGAGAAGUAUACAAGUGGUGGUUAUGGAUAUGGGAAAGUGAGGCAUGAUGCAGAAGAUGACUUAGAUUCUGUAAAACGCCAUAAACCUAACGGUUGCAGUUUCAAAGAAACUCAAGGCAACGUUGAAAAGUCAGAAAUUGAUAAUGAUGAUGACGGUGAAGAUGUUGUUUGGGAAGUUGAAGAACAAGAAGCUGUAGACCUAAACAGAAUCGAGGAAAGCAGGAAAAUUACGCAAGCCAUAUUGGAGAAAUAUAAGAAAAAGUUGGAGCAGUCCUCUACUGUGGCAGAUGUUCAAGCUAAAGUUGGGUUGGAUACUGAGGCGGUAGACGGUGAAGUCGCCAAGCUAUCUUCGACAGUUGGGGAACCACCUGCACAGCUUGUGAUUUCAGACUUAGAUAGGACACUAGCUUCCACAGAGGUUGAGGAAGGCAGCCCAAAGAGUGACAUGUUCAGUGAUGAUAUCUUUGGGGAGUCUCCAGCUGCUGGUACUCGGAAAGGGAAUGGCCUUGUUCCUUUUGUAAGGAGUGGACUCCAUGAUAAUUGGGAUGAUGCAGAAGGUUACUACAGUUAUCAGUUUGGUGAACUACUUGAUGAUAGGUAUGAAAUCAUGGCUACUCAUGGAAAAGGUGUCUUCUCUACCGUGGUGCGGGCAAAAGACACAAAACCUGAACUAGCUGAACCUGAGGAAGUGGCUAUAAAAAUUAUUCGGAACAAUGAGACAAUGCACAAGGCUGGCCAGGCUGAGAUUCGGAUAUUGAAUAAGCUAGCUGGCUCUGACCCAGAGAAUAAGCGCCACUGUGUUCGUCUUCUUUCAACUUUCAAAUAUAGGAACCACCUUUGCUUGGUGUUUGAGUCUCUUCAUCUAAAUCUCCGUGAAGUUGUGAAGAAGAUUGGUGUCAACAUUGGUCUAAAACUAUCUGAUGUUAGAGUGUAUGCUGAGCAGUUAUUCAUAUCCAUUAAACAUCUCAAGAACUGUGGGGUUCUUCACUGCGAUAUAAAGCCUGACAACAUACUAGUGAAUGAGGGAAGAAACAUGUUAAAGCUUUGUGAUUUUGGUAGUGCAAUGUUUGCUGGUGAAAACCAAGUUACACCAUAUCUUGUUAGUCGCUUCUACAGAGCUCCAGAAAUCAUUCUUGGACUAUCCUACGACCAUCCGUUAGAUAUCUGGUCUGUUGGUUGUUGUCUGUAUGAGCUUUAUAGCGGGAAAAUUAUGUUCCCUGGCUCCACAAACAAUGAUAUGUUACGCCUUCAUAUGGAACUGAAAGGUCCCUUCCCUAAAAAGAUGCUUCGCAAGGGAGCAUUUAUCGAUCAGCACUUCGAUAAGGACUUAUGCUUCUAUGCUACAGAGGAGGAUAGUGUUACUGGAAAGACCAUAAGGAGAAUAAUGGUAAACAUAAAGCCAAAAGAUUUAGGUUCAGUAAUUAGACGACGUUAUGAGGAUGAAGAUCCCAAGGUGUUGGUUCAUUUUAGGAAUCUUCUGGAUAAAAUUUUCACACUUGAUCCUCAAAAGAGACUUACAGUGUCACAGGCAUUAGCUCACCCAUUCAUCACGGGCAAGUGAAUCUCAUAAUGUUGUUGCCCUGGAUACAUGUUACAUUGUAUAUAUUACACAAUUAUUUUUUUUUGAUUAAGAUUCUAAAGAGUGUUAUAAUGAUGAUGUUGUUCUCAGAUUCAUGAUUCAGUUUUGACAGUUGGAAAAAAAUGUGACGAUUUAAUUUAAGCUAAGGGUGUGUGGAUCAAAAUUGCAUACUUUAUUGAAUUUAGUGGUUAAGAAAAUCAAUGUUUGUAU